AUGGGGGAGCCUCUGUCCCGCCAGGAGCCUGGAAAGCAGCCGCGAAGGCCUUGUCGCGCGGGCAGCGUGUCGCUACGCAGGAGACAGUGGAUGUGGAUGGCAAGGACAGAGCGGUGUUGGGUGUGGAUGCUCUCUGAGAGCUGUGUAUGCAAAGGUAAAAGUCCCUGCUUUUGUGAUAGCAUGAAAGGUAAUAAGGGUGAAAAAGGCUUUCCUGGUGUUCCAGGUCCACCUGGUCACAGAGGCUUUCCUGGUCCAGAAGGGCCUCCAGGGCCCCAGGGACCAAAGGGUUCUCCAGGGCUUACUGGCUUAGUUGGACCCAAAGGUAUACGAGGAGUCGCAGGAAUACCUGGAUUUUCAGGUCCCCCAGGCCUUCCAGGUGAACCGGGAACUGUUGGUCCUCCUGGGCGCUCGGGUGUUCCGGGAUGCAAUGGCACAAAGGGCGAUCGAGGUUUUCCAGGUCCUCCAGGUAGAAGAGGUGCUCCAGGCGUUCCAGGUAUUGCUGGCACCAAAGGAGAGAAGGGGUGCCCUGCAGACGGAUAUAACCAAGGGUAUGGUGCAAAAGGUGAUCCUGGAUUGCCAGGAAUGCCUGGACUUCAGGGUGCCCAGGGUACUCAAGGAUAUCCUGGGGAACUUGGGCCACAGGGCCCUCCAGGGGCUUCAGGCAUGCCAGGGAAAGCAGGACCUCCUGGACCUAAGGGUCUUAUGGGACUGAAAGUAAUAGGAACGAAAGGAAGAAAGGGUGACACUGGAUUAACUGGACCCCCUGGACCACCAGGAACCGUUAUUGUGACAUUAAGUGGACCAGACAACAUGACGGACUUGAAAGGAGAGAAAGGAGAAAAAGGAUCAAGAGGACUUCCAGGGCCAAUGGGGUUUACAGGGCCAGUUGGUGAUUCUCAGAGUGAAAAGGGUGACCAAGGAGAACCCGGAGCACAGGGUACACCCGGAAAAGAAGGUGCCCCAGGUCCACCUGGCUUACCGGGACAAAAGGGUGAACAGGGCAAACCAGGACUGGCUGGCAGGCAAGGAGCUAAGGGGAUGAAAGGAGGCACUGGUCCACCUGGAGCUUGUGGUCGAACAGAGUAUUAUGAUAAUGUUGUUGGUGAAAAAGGAGAUGAAGGACCCCCCGGACCUCCAGGACCAAAAGGUCAACGUGGCAUGCCUGGGCCACAGGGUCCUCCCGGAGAUGCUGGUAGACCAGGUGUGUCAAGACCUGGUCUGAGAGGUCCCCCAGGAUUUCCUGGGCCAAAGGGAACAAAAGGAGAGAAAGGACAAACUGGCUUGUGUAUUGUAGGCCCUCCAGGACUACCUGGUAUUACUGGCAGCCCUGGUUCUGUUGGAUUACCAGGUCCUCCAGGAGAACCAGGUAGAGUAACAUUUAGAACAGGCCUACCAGGACUUCCUGGAGAGCCAGGGUGUACAGGACCUCCGGGACCUCCAGGAGAUAUUGGCAUGAAAGGUGAUGAAGCUUAUGUGUGUACUGAUUGCAGCUAUAUUCCGGGAAUACCUGGUCUUCCUGGUUCUCCUGGGCCAUGUGGCCAAGAUGGCAUGCCUGGUAGGGAAGGAACAACAGGUCCAAAAGGUUCUCCAGGUUCUCCAGGAGCACCGGGGUUUCCAGGAGCUCAAGGACCUCCGGGUUUUAGAGGAGAUCAAGGACAUAAAGGAUCAAAAGGUGAGCCAGGAUAUGUGUAUCCAGAAGGGCCAAAAGGUGAGCGAGGAGAUCCAGGGGCCAGGGGCGACAAAGGAAGAAAAGGUUCAAGUGGAUUUCUGGGAAGACCUGGUUCUAAAGGAUCCAAGGGUUCUAAAGGUGAAGAGGGACUGGCUGGUUCAAAAGGAGAUAGAGGACUACCUGGAUUGCCCGGUAGUCUUGGUCUUCCUGGAGAGAUGGGGCUUCCUGGACUGCCAGGAUAUGGACCACAAGGAAUAAGAGGUUUCAAAGGCUCUAAAGGAAUACCUGGUCCACCUGGAUUACCUGGAGAAGCUGGUCUGAAAGGAGAGACCAGUAGGGUAACUCCAUUACCUGCGUUGCCCGGACCUCAAGGGCCAGAUGGUUUACCUGGACCCCCAGGAGUGCCUGGUAGGGUUGGAGCAAGAGGUGAGCCAGGUGAUUCAGGACAUCCAGGGCCAACAGGUGACACGGGCUUUCCAGGGCUUGGAUUUCCCGGAAACCCAGGUCCAAAAGGAGAUAAAGGACUUGCAGGAGGCAGAGGGUCACCAGGUUGUGAAGGAAAGAUCGGAGAUCCAGGCCGAGCUGGAAACCUGGGACAACCAGGAAAAAAGGGUGACCCAGGCAUGGUUAUUCCUGGAGAGCCAGGUAGACUGGGUUCACCAGGAGGUCAUGGCAUUCCUGGCUCAAAAGGUGAUACUGGAUUUCCAGGACUUGCAGGCCUACCAGGGCGUGCUGGAUAUGAUGGUGAUGAUGGCCUAAGAGGAGAUCGUGGCUCACCUGGAGUUCCUGGAGAUCCAGGUUUUCCAGGGAAACCUGCUGAAUGUCUUACUGGCCUGCCAGGUUUGCCAGGUGGCCAGGGAACUACAGGCCCACCAGGAGGAAGAGGUUCGCAAGGUUCAAAAGGAAAACUAGGUCCUCCUGGCUUGAGUAUCCCAGGAAUCUACGGAAAGCCUGGGGAACCUGGAUUAAUAGGUCUUCAAGGAAACACAGGAUUACCUGGUCCCAAGGGACAGUCUGGAAGGCCAGGAAUCUCUGGUGUGCCAGGCUCAAGGGGAGAGCCAGGUAUAAUGGGCCUGUUAGGAAUUCCUGGACCCCCUGGCAUGAUUGGAAGACCAGGCAACCCGGGUAUUGGAGGUUCUUCUGGCCUCCCAGGACUAAAGGGAAGAAAAGGGUUUCUUGGAGCAAAAGGCGAACCAGGUGAUAAAGGUUUUCCUGGACCAUCUGAGACCUUGGUUGGUAUUGGGACUAAAGGAGAACAAGGCUUAAAAGGAGUUCAAGGAAGAAUGGGUCUAAGAGGAGAAAAAGGAGAUGUCGGUGUGCAAGGUCCCUCAGGUCUUGACGGGUCUGAAGGAAUACCUGGUCUACCAGGUGUCAAAGGAUUUAUGGGUCUUCCAGGGAUUCCUGGAGGACAAGGAUUCCCGGGUGCACCAGGAAACAAAGGGGACAUGGGAAUUCCAGGUCCAAAAGGACAGAAAGGAUCUCCAGGCUUUCCAGGACCAUCAGGUAACCCUGGUCCACCAGGCUAUGGUGGCUUUCCAGGUGACAAAGGAGACCCUGGGUACCCAUCUGCUGGACCUCCAGGAGAACCUGGUCCAAAGGGAGAUCCAGGCCUCCCAGGAGUUUUGGGCAGCAAAGGAGAAAAAGGAUCCCAAGGUCAUCCAGGACAUAAAGGAGCACCAGGACCACAUGGGAUCAGAGGGGAAACUGGAGGUGCAGGAAUCCCGGGGAAGCUUGGACCUCCUGGAGAUAUUGGUGUUAAAGGACGGCAGGGCCGCCCAGGACAACAGGGCAUUACAGGCCCUCCUGGUGCUGUUGGAGACCCUGGAAAAAUUGGACUUGUUGGUGAAAGAGGUAAUCAAGGUCAGGAUGGUAUGCCUGGUCCCCCAGGAGUAAAGGGAGAACCAGGACCACCGGGGAGAGGAAUCCCUGGCCUUCGAGGUAUUCCUGGUCGUGGAGGAGUCAAAGGGGACAUGGGACUGCCUGGUUUUCCUGGGCCACCGGGUAUGAAAGGUCAUCGGGGUGAUCAAGGACCCGUUGGACCUCCUGGCUUAGUGGGGUUACCUGGAUUUCAAGGCACAACAGGCAUGGCAAUUACUGGCCAAAAAGGGAAUAGAGGCAUUGCUGGUGCAGAUGGAAGACCAGGUGCGCCUGGUUUUCCAGGGCCUCCUGGUCUUCCCACUCCCAGCAUGAAAGGAAGCAAAGGUGUUAGAGGGGCAGAUGGCAUACCAGGGCCAACAGGCCCAGCCGGCAACAUUGGUCCUCCCGGUCCAAAAGGAUUAGAAGGUCGAUCAGGUUAUCCUGGUGCUAGAGGGGACCCUGGAUUUCUUGGAUUCCCAGGUGUAAAAGGAGAAAAGGGUAAUCAAGGACCCCCUGGACCACAAGGUGCAGAAGGGCCAAGGGGACCAAAGGGCCAGCAUGGUCCACCUGGAGUCCCUGGGAUAAUAUUCUCUGUCCCAGGAAGCAAGGGUCCUCCUGGACUGCCAGGAAUCCCAGGAACACCAGGUGAUCAAGGAAUUCAAGGGAUUCCUGGACUACAAGGACCUAAAGGAGUAAAAGGUCUUCCAGGAAGCUUUGGUCAUCCAGGUCAACCAGGACUGCCUGGUCCAAAAGGAGACAGGGGAUUUCCAGGACAAAGAGGACAACCUGGACUGAUUGGCUUUCCAGGUCUACAGGGGUUACCUGGAUCACCAGGUACUAUCAUUGCUGGUCCAACAAGAAGAGGUUUUAUCUUUACCCGGCAUAGUCAAUCAGCAAAGAUUCCUUCAUGCCCACAUGGGACAUCGCAGAUCUAUGUUGGCUAUUCACUGCUUUUUGUACAAGGAAAUGAACGAGCACAUGGACAAGAUCUUGGAACAGCUGGUAGCUGCUUGCAGAGAUUUACCACCAUGCCAUUCUUAUUCUGUAACACCAAUGAUGUUUGUAGUUUUGCUUCUCGCAAUGACUAUUCAUACUGGCUGUCAACUGCAGCAGUAGUGCCAGUAGACAUGGCACCCAUUUCUGGCAGGGCACUAGAGCCCCAUAUAAGCAGGUGUGCUGUCUGUGAAGGAGCUGCAAUGGUAAUAGCAGUUCACAGCCAAACAACUGUAGUUCCUGCAUGUCCAGAAGGCUGGAUAUCUCUCUGGAAGGGUUUUUCUUUUGUUAUGUAUACAAGUGCUGGCUCAGAAGCUUCUGGCCAAGCAUUGGCAUCUCCUGGAUCUUGUUUGGAAGAAUUUCGAGCCAUCCCAUUCAUAGAGUGCCAUGGCAGGGGGACGUGCAACUACUACACAAAUUCCUACAGCUUCUGGUUGGCAUCGUUAAAUCCAAGAAGAAUGUUCAGGAAACCUCUGCCACAGACUUUGAAAGCAGGAGAACUAGAAAAUAUCAUCAGUCGUUGUCAGGUCUGCAUGAAGAGACCAGUCUAA